AUGUCAAACUGUUUGAUCAUGAACAACCAUCAUCCCUAUGAACUAUUGCCUCAGCCAUUCACUGGGAGUUCAUCACAAUCACAAUCACAGUCGUCAUUAUCACCGUCACAUCAAGGCUUCAGGUCCAGGAUACCAUUUGCAAACACACAUUCACAACAACAUCAGCAUCAACAUCAACAACUACAUCUUCAUCCUCAACCAUCACAACAACAAUAUAGGAAUUCCACAGGACCUCAACUUAGUAUACCUCCCAUAAAUAGUUUGGCCUCAUUUGAUGGCCACCAAGGUCAAGGUCAUGGACAGAAUAGAACCUCAUCACCUUUCUCCACACCGCCACUGAUCAGCCAGACUCCAGAAGGCUCCACUAAAACAAACACAAACUCAUCCAGAUUGUCGCCAGUCCCACCAACCAUACUCCCACCACUCAAGUCCUCGCCACUUCUCCUCUCCAACAACAACAACAACUACCGACAACAUGAUUCACCAUUCCCCGGAAUAUUGAGCAAAGAUACCCCGGAGCUACUAAACUUCCAUGUGGCCACCACGCCACUCAAUGACCGCCAGAUCAAUGAGAUAAUGCUCCGCAUUGAGGAGCAACAGGGACACCAUCACUUCCCAUCACUCUCAGAAUGGUCAGCCGCCAUACCAACCUCAUCUUCUUCAACAUCAUCCUCCAAGUACAGCCGGCCACUGCCUCCACCCCCAAUGCUCAACAAUCCAUUUAUUGAGAGGCCAUCACUCUUGCCCCAAGGUGGUCAUUCAUCAUUCACUGCUGGCGGAGGCGGCGGCAGUGUAGGUGGUAGCGGCAGUGGCAGUAGUCUUGCCAAUAGUGGUGAUGGACAUAUUACAUUACAAGGAGCUUCCUCUUCUUCACCAUCUUCGGAAAAGGUCACUGGUGGCAGGUCAAUAUCACCAGGAGACAGUCCAGUACUUGGACUCUCUCAGUCUCAACCAAUGGCAAGCACCUCCAAAUCCACAUCAUCUGGUGGCUCCAACAAACAAUGCCGAACACCCUUCUGCAUUGUCUGUGAACAGGGUCCACCAAAGUCCUUUCAAAAGGGCACCCCCAUAUGGUCACAAAUACUUCAUUUGGUAUUAUACUCUUUGGCCGAGUCAUCGAGACUGAGUUUGGCACAACAGGGCAAUCGCAGCCGCUCCGACAUGCCACUGCGCAAGAAGUACUUCCAUCUCCGUGAUGAGAUAUAUGAAUACAUCCAAAUACAUUGGGAUAUCAUUUGUAAACGUGAGAGGAUACAAAACUGGAAACAUACUAUUGGUAUGACCUUGUCACAUUACCAGGGAUUGUUCAAGAGUGGAUAUGAUGUAUUCCACAACACAGGUUAUUGGUGUCUGAAGGAUGAGGUGUCCAGCCCAUACGAGCCCGAGGUAGAGUCUGACACCAAGAAGCGUCGCAUCACCCGAAGUGAUAAUGUCGAGUUGAAGAAGUUCCUCUCCAACAACAACAACAACAAUAACAACAACAUGUAG